CCCUGCCUCCCAGCGUCGAAGCUUGUUUUGGGUUGUUUUAGGGGGGUUCGUCUGAACAGAGUACGAAGUCUUGCCACUUUCGAAUUGCCAGCGACGUUUCAGCGCAUAAGCCAGAACUCAAUUGGGGCCCAGGCUCGUGUCCAUAAGGUGGUGAGUACCGCAAUCGUUAUCGUACAUUGUUAUUCAAGAUCAUAUUCGGCGUUUCGCGGCACACGUUCGCCGCCAUACAACACCACAUGGCCCUUCUUGCACUCAGUACUCUCGGCCUGCUCGUGAUAAACUCCAUACCUACCGUGAUUGGGGUUGCAGAAGCUAUCGACGCUCAGAAGAAGCAGAAUCAGCAGGCCAAAGAACGGAUCAAGUUCAAUCUCACUGCAAAAUUUUCCGUUGACGGCAAGUCGCCGAUACAAGAAGCUGCCGUCGUUUUCAAAGACAACAAGUUAUACUUGGAUCACCCCGCGCGUCCCGUAUCUGGCUUCAAGUUCAACGGUUUCUACUUCCCUUACCCAUCUGAUGAAAAGCAUCAGGGUCUUGUCUCCAUGGCAGCGGCUGAUCCACCAACGCUCCACUGGAUCUAUGCACAGAAGGAGACCGGGGAGCUACGUCAUGGCAGCCGCAGUGAUACGGCAGGACAUAUCAUCGGUCCCUUCAACUGGUCCGAGGAUGAAGAAUGGCUUGUAUUAGAAGAGUGUCCUUAUUUUCUAGCAGUUGAGGGUACAGAUGGCGCCUGGUCCAUCUAUCACGACAAGACGAAAAUGCUUAAACAGAAACUCGCACCGCUGAAAGUUUUAGAUAUCAGCUUACACCGUGACCUUCAGCUGGGUGUAAGUAGCACAAUGGUUGGUGGGGACAAAUAAUGGGUGGUAGUCUGGCUUUUCUUAUUUUGAUAGUUCAAGCGUAGGAGUUGGACUGACUCGGGUUCCAAACAAUCCCUUAGAUACAAAGCACUGAAGGCAACGAUACAUCAAGUGACUUCUAUCGCCUGAUCCACAAGCGUUGGAAACAGGGAAUGGUA